AUGGCACAGGAUGGAGUACCACAAGUACCGCAAGAUCCUAACACGGUGAUUCUUCAAGCAAUUCAAGGAAUGAUGGAAAUGAUGAUGGAAGAUAGACAAGAAAGGAGAGCGCAACAACAAAGAGAAGAACGAGCCUUACAAGAAGAUGAUGCGUUUGACCUUGCUGAACAAGAAAGACAAGUUGGAGGAAGAAGAAAUGGGAGAGGAAGAGGACGAAAUAACUUUGCCAACAUYAUGCAACCUAGAAGAUUGGAARGAUUAAAUGAAAAUAGGGAUGGCGGAGUUAAACUCAAAAUUCCACCCUUUAGUGGAACGGCGGACCCYGAUGCUUACUUSCAAUGGGAAAGGAAGAUAKAACAUGUGUUUGAUUGCUAUACAUAUAGUGARAAUACGAAGAUGAGACUCGCCAUUGCUGAAUUCACCAAUCRUGCCGGUGAAUGGUAUCAAAAUCUCAAAUUAGAAAGAAGAAGGAAGGAGGAGGAUCCAUUAGACACUUGGGAAGAACUCAAAGAAGCCAUGAGAAGGAGGUACGUUCCAAAACACUAUGAAAGAGAAGAGGAAGACACCAUGUCUAGAUUCCUUGGAGGUUUGAAUCGAGAAAUUGCUCAUGCUGUUGAUAGAAAUCCACCUUCUUACCUAGAAGAUAUGUACCAUUAUGCUGUCAAAAUUGAAGAUCAAUCGAAGGAAGAAAAGGAGUAUUCAAAAAGGUACACAUAUAAAGCUAAUACAUAUUCCAAUUCUAAUGCUUGGAAGAAGGCUGGUUUUGUGAAUAGGAAUGAAUCAAUGCAACCAAAAGGAAAGUUCGUAGCUGCCAAAAGAAUGGAGGGAGAAAGUUCCAAUACUAAAAAGAAUGAAGCUCCAAAGGAGGUAAGGGAAAACACUAGUUCUAUUCAAUGUUGGAAGUGCAAAGGGUUUGGACACAUGAGUAAAGAUUGUGUCAAUAAAAGAGUUAUGGUGAUAAGAAAUGGCGUAGUUGACUCGGAUGAUGAUUGUGAGGAACAUGAUGAAKAAUUUGAAGAACGUGAUGAAGAGUAUAUUGAAGAAGGUAACUUCAUAUCCUUGAUAACAAGAAGGGUACUUAGUGUACAAAUCAAGGAAGAGAAAGUUGAAGAUCAAAGGGAAAACUUGUUUCACACAAGAUGCUUAAUUGAAGRAAAUCCGUGUAGCUUGGUGAUUGAUAGUGGAAGUUGCACAAAUGUGGAAUUUAAUGACAUGUUUCCCCAUGAAGAUGCACCUACGGGUUUACCUCCUGUUAGAGGGAUUGAACAUCAAAUUUACUUUAUACCCAGUGUAACUCUCCCAAACAUAGCUGCCUAUAGGACCAAUCCCACCGAAACCAAGGAGUUUCAAAGGCAAGUGGAAGAACUCAUGGAGAAAGGUUAUGUUAGAGAAAGUAUGAGUCCUUGCUCGGUUCCGGUAAUUUUAGUACCCAAGAAAGAUGGCACAUGGAGGAUGUGUGUUGAUUGUCGAGACAUCAACAAAAUCACGGUAAAUUAUCGACAUCCUAUUCCUAGAUUGGAUGACAUGUUAGAUGAAUUACAUGGUGCUAAUCUAUUUUCAAAAAUAUAUCUUAAAAGUGGUUACCAUCAAAUUCGAAUGCAUGUGAGAGAUGAGUGGAAAACAGCUUUCAAAACAAAGUUUGGGUAG